AUGCAAUCCACGACUCAAGUGAAUUGCGCAGAGCCGUUCAUCACAAAUAAUAUGUCUUCCUUCUCUCAUAUACCCUCAAUGACUCUUAUGGGCAAUUCUGACAAGAUGACAAUGAUCCCCAACAUCAAUGGUGUCAAGAUUAGAGAUCAUGUAUCACAUGAGUGCCACAACUCUCCUCAAACCUUUCACAGUGGAAUUACAGAUGAAAUGAUAAAGAAUAUCCUUUCUCCAGAAAUGUCAACCAGCAGGCAAUUAAUGGUUGAACAUUUCAUGAUGUUUGCUGAAGGCGAUCAUCAAUCCUCUCUUCAGACGACUACUCUCGCACCAUCAUCUUCUGUGAUAUGGGAUGAUACAGAGUUGAAUGAUCCAUCAUCUCCUGAACCAAGCAAAAAGUUCUUUCCAUUCACAUCAUCUUGUGAUCCAGAGAUUACAAGAUGCCAAUACAUGAAUGAGACAUUCACAAUGAAAAACCGAGAAGAGCUCUUUCGUAUCAUUGAUGAAGCGUUGAGACAUGUCCAUUCUUCUCUGGGUCUUCAAUGGUCCAUGUUGCAUCAAACACAACGUAGAUCUUGCAAUGUUGGUGUUUGCAACAACAACACUCAUCUGACGUCGACCAUUAAUGGUGAGAAGAAUAACUCGCAAAUGCUUCUCAAUGAAUGGAUGCAAUCACCAACAUUACAUUGGUUCACUUCCAUGAUGGAAUCUCAACAUAAUGAGUUUCAUCUUGCUUCGAACGUCUUGCAAUCCAAUCACUUGCACACAACAAGUUUAACCAAUAAUUGUACGAUCAUUCCAGAGAUGAUGAUGACAACAUCAUCUCAAUACAGGAAUCACCAACAUCUUGAUUCCACUCUCGAAUCAAGUGAUUCAUCGACAUGUAGCAGCACAUUUGUUGCGUCUACACCAUCAAAGAAGACGAGAAAAUCGACUUCACAAACCAAAAUUUCAAAAUCAAACAAGACCUCUCAAAUGCAUCCUAGUAUGAAAUAUAGAGUAAGGUUUGGUCAUAACUUGUUUGAAGAGAUAUCAUUCAAGAAAACAAAUCCUCAUCAAAAGUUUAUCAUCUUCAAGUAA